GCCGAAGACUUCGUACCUUGCACCAGCCCUGCACCCUUUCUCUACCCAGCAGAAGGUGGGGUUGUCCGCACAGAAGUGGGGUCAGUUCUGCGUUUUACGAAGCCCGCUGCGUGUGGUGCAGAUAUUCUUUCUGCGGCAAGAUCGUAUUUAAUGGAGGGGAGAGGGGAUGGGAGGCGCCCGCAGGAGGGAGACGCCAUGUCUGAGUUAGCAGACGCAUUCCAAUCCCUCUGCUCUGCCCUCCGGCAGCAGUACAUCGUGCUCAAGCCUUUGGUACUCCAACAACUCCGCACGCUGAGGUGGAACCUCCAUCUCUCCCUACUCGAGCUGCGGACAGACCUUGCCCGCCCCUUUCGUGCACUGCGGACCUACUCGGAUCAUAUCCUCCUCCUGGACUCACCUGACGCGCAAGGGUGGCAAGUCGCUCUCCAGGUGGCGGACGAUGAGUGCCGGGUGUGGAAAGUUCAGCAUCUGGAGGGGAGGAAGAUGAGUCAUGGUGUCCGGCUCGCAUCGUCCAAGCGCAAGAGGAGUGGUGGAGCAGAGACAGCGCCAGCGAAAGAACCGAUCGUGCACCUUACGCGACUUCCCCGCCCGCCUGGCGUUGCGCAAGAACUCAUACUGGAAGAAGUGCACCACGUACUUGCCCUUGACAAGCUUGACGACCCGGAGUGGGUAUUGCGCGACGCGGUGCGAGGGGCUAAACGGCGGUGUUUGAGGGAAGGCGCGGGGAUGGAGUGGUGUGAUGUCUGGCUUGCGGAGGUGGUGAAGAAGAGACCGGGGAUGAUCGCCAAGGCCGAGAAGAGGAAGGAGGACGGGAGAGCGGUCACCCUCGCAGCGAGGUUUGUGCCUUCCUAGACCAGGGUAUCAUGGAGUAGAGUGUAUGCAUGGGAAUGAUAUUGGGAACCUAGAACCAGAUACUGUAGUGAAUAUGACCUCUAACUGAAUCCGUCUGUCCUCCCUCCAAACCAGAGCAUAGCACUCCCUACUCCCGCGACUCUCCAGAUCUCUCAUGUUCCUCAACCUCAUGCCGCUCCCCUUCCUCCUCGUCCCGCUCCCUCCCUGCUUCCUGUGCGUCUUCCUCGAGCCGAAUCUUGCCUUCUCGGCGCAAGAGUUUCCUCAGCGGCUGGGCGAUCGUCACGAGCCUCCUGGCCCGCCUCCAGAGGAGGAAGAUGAGGCAUAUCGCGAGGAGGGAGAUGAGGAGGUAGAGGAUGGGAGGUGUGAGCGGGACAGGCUCGGUGGGCUUUGAAGGCACUCGUUUUGGAUCUGCAUGGAGGAGGGGUGGUCAAAUCUAGAUGAGGCUGGUGUGGGCUUUGGAGGGAGUACCUCGCGGGAUGCCGCCGUC